CCCCGAAGUCGUCAAGACAUACCUCGUAAUACCACCAUCGCUCAAGAAUCGCGAUGCAUCUUCAACGUCACCAACACCAGCACGUUCGCAGGCAAGUCAUUUCGGACCCUCUCGCGAUCCCCACGGGCGUCGAGGGGAUCAGCACCGGCGCCGCGACCGUUGCGACGGCCGCCGCCACUGCGAGCAGUCUUGCGCUCAACACCGCCACCUCCGACGCCGCCAGCGUCAGCGUCCAGCUCGUUCCUGGUCAAUCCGCGGUCACCAUCACGACCCAGGAUUCCUCCACCCCGACCUCCACCUCGGCCGCAGCGACCAGUACGACCGCCGCGGCCAAGUCCGCCGCGUCGCACUCCUCCAUCUCCCUCGGCGCCGUGAUCGGGGCGUGCGUCGCCUCCGUGCUCGGCCUCGGCCUCCUCAUCGUCUUCGUCAUCUGGUGCAACCGCCGCGACCGCGCGGCGAAGGCCGAACUCGCCUCGCGCCGCUCCAAGCUCAAUGCGCAGGGCGAACACAGCCGACGCCAGUCGCGCAACCUGCCCGGCGGCACGUGGGGCAAGCUCGAGAGCCAUCACGGCGGGAGCGACGAUGCCAGCUCGCGCUACUCGGCGCAAGACACGACCGCUGGCACGGGCGGCGACGCGGAGAAGAUGAGCAUGAAGAUGGACAUGUUCAAGUCGGCGCCGAGCGUGCGCUCGGUCGAGAAGUCUGGAGAAGAGGAGGACAGCGGCGAGAGCGCGACGAGCAACUACUUCGACAUCGACCCCUCGAUGCUGUCCAAGUACCAUCCCCGCCUCGCCGAGGAGAUGUCGACGACGGCCAGCCAGCCGCACAUGCACCAGGUCCCCACCGCGCGCCCGCUCGUCGGCCGGGUGGACACGUCCGCCGGCGCGGUCUCGUGGGACGGCGAUACUGCCGCGGACUCGUUCGUAUCCCUGAAGUCGAUGCGCAUGUCGGGCACGAUGUCUCCGACGUUCGUCUCCGCCCGCUCCACACCCGCCGUCACGCCCGCCGCCAUCAAGCACCGAUGGGAGUCGGCCGAGGUCGUUACCCUCGACGAGGACGGCGUCCCGCUGGACUCCUCCUAUGCCUCCACGCACAACACCGAGCCCGCGAGCGGGAACACCUCGCGUCGCGCGAGCGUCUCGAACCCGUUCUUCAGCGCGCAGGAGCGGAUCAAGGCCCGCAACCCGUUCGACGACGUGCACGCGCAGCUGCCGCCGGUGCCCACCCGGCACAUGGCGACGGACAGCAACUCGAGCGAUGCGAUGAAGUCGCUGCUCGCCGCGCUCGAGCUUCCCGGCGACGACAAGGCGAAGCUGGUCGAGAGCGAGGACGACCCGCACCGGGUGACGAGCAUGCAGCCGAGCAUCGUCAGCCACGCGUCCAGCAUGGCGUACGCGGAGGAGGUCAUUCCCGCGUUCCCGCUCCCGCCUCAUGCACAGCGAUAGGUCUUCGUCAACACUUCGUUGCCGUGAUGGUUCGCUCGUCCCCCCUGCUGCCCCAUCGACUUGACCGGAGCUAUUCACGAUGUCAUGUGUUCGUUCGUCGCCGUUGCUUCCCCACAGCACUCUUGCACGUUGACCUACUUGAUACGACUCGGCACGUUUAGCUGAUGGGAAUACCCGUCAUCGCCGUCAAACCUGCUGUCUGUUGUCUACUAUCCACCUGUUUAAACCCCUGCCAUCUUCUUCACCCACUUUGCCCUUCUUGUCCAUUUUUUUUUUGCGCGCGACGCGACGCGGCGAUCCGGCAUCGACUCCU